UUAUAUUCAUUCGAAUCAACCCAAAGUCCAUCAACAACUAGACCAACAGGCAUCGCAUCGCCGUAUCAUCGACUCCGUCGGAUCAGACCUCCGGCUGCACAGUCCCAGCACGUCUGUCAUGGCUUUCCGGUCACCGGGCCACUUGUACUCGAUGCUGCGCCGCGCGAGGGGCGUCAGUGCCGGCACGUCCUACGCUACUGCCACGGCGCCAAAGCUGAAGGCCUAUGCCCCGUCGGCUGCGGGGGACAUCGGGCGGGCCGAGCGGAGGGCAGGCAAGCCGUGGGGGGAGUACGUGCCGGUGUGCGUGGCGGUAGGGAUGAUACUGCUGUCGGUGACGCUGGGGCUGCACACGGCGAAGCAGCAUAUAAUGUACUCCCCGAUGGUGCGGGUGAAUAAGUCGAGGCGGGAGACAGUGCCGGAGGUGGUGGAGCCGGAGCGGGUGGUGGAGGAGUCGGAGAACUUCCUGACCCGGUCCUUCUUCAGGAAAUUGGCGCACGUGCAGGACAUCGUCACAGGGGAGGCCGUCGACCCCGACCCGAUCAGGAAGGACGCCUUUGCUCACCGCCCCAAGGCCGAGACGCUCCGGUCAGUCAGCGUCAAACCUGCGCCCAAGCACCCUUGAAACUUCCACAGAAAAACUCUAUCCAUCUCAUUCCUGUUACUGUUUUGCCUGGUCUGUUUUGUAAUGUACACAAGAGAGUAGGUUCUGUCUUCUAUUUCA